AUGCGGGGAGAAGGCGAGCCGCUCAACUUCAGAGCCGGACAACCGCAGCCUGGACCAAGGAAAGAUCCGGGGCAGCCCCAAGGGGAGCCGAGCAGAAAGACCCCCGCCGGCCAGGUCGCCCCAGCCAGGCUGGUGGGAGGGAGGGGGGUCUUCCCUCUGGGGGGUGGGAAGGAGGCUGGUCCAGCAGCUGCUCCCUCCGGAGCCCGGAGUGGGAAGAGGGGGAAUUGCCCGGUCGGGAGUGCGGGAAGCCCCCGCCGGGUUCGCUGCACCGCAGAGCCCCCGACUCCACCCCACCCAGUCUCGGAUCUCGGCUGUCCAGUCCACCGGGCAGGCCCCGCAGCGGGGAAGGGCGAGCGGCCGAGGGUCCCCAGCGCCCCUUGCCCGGGGCUGGCGCGGGAAUGGCGGGCGGCUGCUCUUCUUACCGGGCGCGGGCGGGCGGUCCCGGAGAGCGGCCGGCGGUCCUUCCCUUCCUCCUCCCGGCUGGCGGCAGGAAGUGAUUCCCGCGGCCGGGAGGGGACGGCCGAGCCUUGGGGGUGGGAGGCACUGACCCGUGUCGGGAAAAGACCCUCCGACGAAGAGAAGCGACUCUCCAGCCGUGGGAAAGCGCCCGCCGGGUCCGCUUCCAAGGCAUCGCCAGGUGCGGCCCCGAACUCGGCCACCGUGUGCGACGGAUUUCCCCGCAGCAUCUCUAGGGAGCCCCCAGCCCCCAGCCGCAUGCACCGAAUGCCCCCCUCCCCGGUGCUCAAGAGAGUCCCUGGGGAGCGGGACCCUUAUUCCCAGGGGGCCAAACUGUGA